ACUCUCUCCCUCUGUCAGUCUCGUGCUGAGUCGCGCAGGGCGGUCUCUCAUUGGCUGUCGUCGGAGAACCCGGAGCAGGUCGCUCUCCUCGGUGCUGAAAUCGUUGUUCGUCGUGAUAAUGUGAACGGCGAUGAGGCCAAACGGAGCGUCCGUCAGUAAACACUAAAAUGGACGAUGAUCUGUUCCAACUGAGACAGCUGCCUGUUGUGCGCUUCCGACGCACAGGUGAGAGCACACGCUCCGAGGAUGAUGGCGAGAACAGAGAUCAGGUUAUCAAGGUUGCAGAACAGACUGAUCUGGAGUCUGUGGCACUUGCAGAUGGAGCUCCAGUGCCAAGGGAGUUUGCUAAUCCAACCGAUGACACGUUCAUGGUAGAAGAUGCAGUAGAGGCCAUAGGCUUCGGGACAUUCCAGUGGAAACUCUCCAUCCUCACUGGUCUCGCCUGGAUGGCUGAUGCUAUGGAGAUGAUGAUCCUCAGCAUCUUAGCCCCACAGCUGCACUGUGAAUGGAGACUGCCCAGCUUGGAGGUGGCACUGCUUACAUCGGCAGUAUUUAUUGGGAUGAUGAUCAGCUCAUCUCUUUGGGGAAACAUAUCUGACAAAUACGGGAGAAAGACAGGUCUGAAGAUGAGUGUGCUGUGGACCAUGUUCUAUGGCCUGAUGAGUGCUUUUGCACCUAUUUAUGGCUGGAUUCUCGUCCUACGUGCACUGGUGGGCUUUGGGAUCGGUGGAGCACCACAGUCGGUGACACUCUAUGCUGAAUUCUUGCCUAUGAAGUCUAGAGCCACGUGUAUCUUGCUGAUUGAGAUAUUUUGGGCGCUGGGUACAGUGUUUGAGGUCCUCUUGGCCAUCCUGGUGAUGCCCACUCUGGGCUGGCGCUGGCUGCUUGGCCUCUCCACCAUUCCUCUCUUUAUCUUUGCCUUCCUCUGCUUUUGGCUACCAGAGAGUGCUCGGUAUGACGUGCUGACAGGGAAUCAGGAAAAAGCUCUGGCAACAUUAAAGCGGAUUGCUACAGAGAACGGAGCCCCAAUGCCGCUGGGAAAACUUAUUGCUGCCAGACAGGAGGAACGUGGUAAGUUCAGAGACUUGUUUUCAUCACACUUUCGCUGGACCACAGUGCUGCUGUGGUUUAUUUGGUUUGCAAAUGCCUUCUCCUACUACGGGCUUGUGCUGCUCACUACAGAGCUGUUCCAGGAGGGAGGUGCAUGUGGAAUGUCCAAAAGUAAUAAGAUGGAUCUCCCAUGCAGCCUGGAGUGUAAAUAUCUGAACUCUGAUGACUACAAAGACUUACUGUGGACUACAUUAUCUGAAUUCCCAGGACUGCUGGUGACACUGUGGGCCAUUGAUCGACUAGGAAGGAGGAAGACCAUGGCAUUAUGUUUCUUCAUUUUCUCCAUGUGCAUCAUACCCCUCUAUGGUUGUGUUGGGAGAGCAUCCAUGACAGUGUUGAUUUUCAUCGCCAGAGCUUUCAUUGCAGGAGGAUUCCAGGCUGCCUAUGUGUACACUCCAGAGGUUUAUCCAACAGCCACAAGGGCUUUAGGUCUGGGAACCAGCAGUGGGAUGGCCAGAGUGGGAGCCCUCAUUACACCUUUCGUUGCACAGGUAAUGUUGGAGUCAUCCGUGUACCUGGCUCUCUCCGUGUACUGCUGUUGCUGCCUCCUCGCCGCAAUUGCCUCCUGUGCACUACCAAUCGAGACGACUGGCCGGGGCUUACAGGAGUCCAGCCAACGAGAGUGGGGCCAAGAGAUGGUGGGCAGGGCCUCCUCUCAGGGCUCAGAGGGAGUCCCUCAGUCCAGCCCUGGGUCUCAGGGCUGAGGACAGGCUGAGGAACAUUUGAGAGAGCUGACUGCGACGAGUAAAAGAGGGACAGAGACCAGACAACGCUUUCUGUGUCCAUCUCCUAUCCUUUGACUCUUCAGUUUGGGCACCACAGCGGCUUCAGAGAGGCAGACAGAACAAUAGUAAAGUAUUAUUAUUGUUAUAUAGUAUUCAGCCACCAUUGUUGUCACAAUUUUGCCACUGACCCACUACACAUGGGUGUCAGCAAAUAACCUACAUGAGUGCAAGGUUGAAAAACCAAAGGUGGACAAGCGAAAGAUUUAUAAACAAGUGAGAAUUCAAGUGUUUGAAGAUAAUUUGUCCUUUGUGCGGGUGGCACCGGUGAAAACAUAUUAGGUGUUAGCCUCACUUUUGAAGUAAGCUUCAAAUUAACAUCUUCUUUUUAAAGAGCCUUAAAACUACCAACUCUUUCUGUGUUUCAAGACAUGCUUUUAACUUCAUGAAGAAGUUUGGUCUUUAACAUUAUGAAAAUACAUACAUAGAUAAGAAAGGACAGUGGAUCCUGCAAAUGAAUACUCCUAUUGCAAAUGUAACUUUAUUACUAGUGCAUCAGAGGGAAAGACCAAAUAAACAGACCUUUCAAUUAAAAAGAGAAAGGACAAAUUGCACACCGAGUCACAGGUUUUCUUACAUUCCUCUCAAGUCAUGUGUUUAAUAUUUCUUUUUACUUGUGUCAGUAUUGUUUACAUCUUUACAUGAGCAAUAAUUGUUUUCUGCGGAAGAAAUUACAGAAAGGCAGGUAUUAGUCGAGAUAUAAUGAAAACAUCAACUCAUAUCUUGAUCGUUAUGAGAUCACUUUAUCAACUACAAGAUGACAAACCCGCCAAAGUCUCCAUCAGAGCUGAAUAACAUCAGGGGCAUCAUGCAGUGACAUUUCAUAUUUAGAGCACUACUGAGAGAUGUCGGCUGCAUUUUAGGGACAUUAUGUAACUUCAACUUGAAAUAUUAGGAAAUCUUAAUCCGAAACUUUCAUCAUCCAAAUCUGACUUGACCCAGUUAUCAAGAGUCACAUGGUUUAAAAGUGACAUUAACAUGAGGGUAUGGUGUUGAGACCUAUAAACCCUGCUGUAUCUCUCAUCCAUAUUAACUCACAUUCAUGUAUAAACAUUUAUCUGGAUGUUACAUUCUGUAAAUGAUGUAUCUAUACCUGGUUUAGUUGUUGUCUUUGCUUUUGUUUGUGAAAAAGGUGACGUGAUGACGGAUUUGGCCCUGUCGGAUUUUACCAGUAACACACUGAGCGAAGUCUUUUUCUUUUUUGUUUAGAAAAACAAACCGAGAGAGUUAACUAGUAAACUAGUAGAUAUCCUGUGAGCUGACUCUUACCUGCCAGUGUUUGAUAUAGUGGUGCAUUAAGUGUCUGUGUGCACAGAUUCUUGUCAACACACUGGGUGUAAAUGUGUAUGAUACUGUAGUAAAUAAUCUUUCAAAAAGA